UCAAAGAUGGCUGAAGUGGAUGGUUUUCGUGGAAAUGAGUUGUUCCCUCCGACCCCUCGUUUGAAGGGGGAGGCCCAUGUUUCAAGCAUGGAACAAUAUAAGGAGAUGUAUAGGGAAUCAAAGGAGGAGCCUGAGGUGUUUUGGAGGAAAAUCGCCGACCAGUUUUUCUGGAAAAGCGCACCAACUGGGAAGUUUCUUGAGUACAAUUUCAAUGUUGAAAAUGGUCCGAUUUCAAUCAAGUGGAUGCAAGGUGCGGUGACAAAUAUCUGCUACAAUACACUCGACAGACAUGUAGAGAAUGGAAAAGGCGAUAAAGUGGCAUUUUACUGGGAGGGUAAUGACCCUGCAGACGGUGGCAAGAUCACUUACAGCGAACUGCUGGCUAUGACAUGUAAACUUGCCAAUGUUCUCAGAAGUAAAGGUGUGAAGAAAGGGGACCGGGUAGCUAUCUACAUGCCCAUGAUUGUUGAACUGGUGGCCGCUAUGUUGGCUUGUGCGAGAAUUGGGGCCGUACAUUCCAUAAUUUUUGGUGGUUUUUCCGCCGAUUCCUUGGCAGAUCGUAUGAUUGACGGAAAAUGUUCCGUACUGGUGACAUCAGAUGCUGUAUAUAGAGGAACUAAACUCAUCCGAUUAAAAGACAUAUCUGACAAAGCUAUGGCAGCAUGUGCAGAAAGGGGCAAUGCAAUAACUACCUGUAUUGUAGUACGUCACCUGACCCCGGUCGAGGGGUUAGCAGACGGAAAUGGGGAUGGAAACAACCCGCCUGCAAAGAGACCCUGCCUUUCACUCAAGAGUGUUCUAGCCUAUGUUGAAAAUGGAGAACAUAAAAAAGUGAUUGAUUGGGAGGCAGGACGUGACGUCUGGUGGCACGAUGUGAUGGCAGAGGCCAAGGAGACAUGCGAGCCCGAGUGGAUGGAUGCUGAGGACCCACUAUUUAUGUUAUACACCAGCGGUUCGACGGGCAUUCCUAAGGGUGUUCUCCAUACGACUGCAGGGUACAUGCUCUAUGCAGCAACAACAAUGAAAUAUGUCUUUGAUUAUCAACCCAAUGAUGUCUACUUCUGUACGGCCGAUAUAGGAUGGAUUACUGGGCAUUCCUAUGUAACCUAUGGACCAAUGUUGAAUGGGGCCACUAGUGUAAUGUUUGAGGGAGUACCAUUUUAUCCAGAUGCUGGACGAUUAUGGGAAAUUAUAGACAAGUACAAAGUGUCUAAGUUUUAUACAGCGCCAACUGCCAUUCGGGCUCUCAUGAAGUAUGGAGAGGAAUAUGUGAAAAAAUAUAGCCGUGACUCUCUGAAAGUGCUUGGCACUGUUGGUGAACCAAUCAAUCCCGAGGCAUGGCUGUUUUAUUAUAAUGUAAUAGGAAAUGGCAACUGUUCUAUAUCAGAUACGUACUGGCAAACUGAAACGGGUGGACAUACGUUAACGCCAUUGCCUGGAUGUACACCUGAAAAACCUGGUUCUGCGACCUUUCCUUUCUUCGGCAUUGUUCCGAAAAUCUUACAUGAAGACGGUACCGAGUGUGUCACUGAUGAAGAGGGCUAUCUAGUGUUCUGCCAGCCCUGGCCAGGUGUCAUGAGGACAGUCUAUGGCAACCAUGAGAGAUAUGAGAGUACCUAUUUUAGGAAGUUCCCAGGACAUUACUGCACUGGAGACAGAGCUAAGAUUGACUCCGAUGGCUACAUUUGGAUAACCGGUCGUAUUGAUGACAUGUUGAACUGCUCAGGUCACCUGUUGAGUACAGCUCAGAUUGAGUCAGCCCUCAUCACCCAUGAGGCAGUGUCGGAGUCUGCUGUUGUAUCGUGUCCACAUGAGGUGAAAGGAGAGACGACAUAUUGUUUUGUUACCCUGAGGGAGGGAUUCACCUUCAAUGACAAAUUGAAAACCGAACUGAAGGAGAAAGUGCGAACAAAGAUUGGCCCAUUUGCCUCACCUGAUUACAUCCAGGAAGCGCCUGGUCUGCCAAAAACGAGAUCCGGAAAAAUCAUGCGGCGUGUUCUCAGGAAAGUUGCUAGGGGGCAGCACGGUCUCGGUGACGUGACAACAAUGGCAGAUGAGACUGUUGUUGGUGUCUUGUUCAAAUUACGACCAGAUAACGCACCAGUUAUACCGGAAGAUCUUCAUCAUUCUUAGAGUCUCUCAAUUAAACUUGUUAGAUUUGCGGCUAUGAACUGUUGUUGAUCUCUCAUUCAAAUUGCUGUGUCAAAAUGAAUAAUUGAGAAAGAUUUAUAAACUGAUGUAUCUGCUGUCACAGUGCAGUUAUUUUUGCCAUACAUUUCCAGCCAUAGUUUGAGAAGCAGAAGUUAGCAAAGUUAGGUUCUAUUCACUCCCUCAUCUAUGACUCAUCAAUUUUUGGUACUGCAGUUGUAGCUAUAAAAGAAUGACGGCAUACUUUUCAGCAUCCAACUGUAAAUCGCGUCAGUUGGUAAUAGUACGCACGCAACUGUGGCUGGCCGAUUAUUUUCAGCGCUUAGAGAGUGAUGGUGAUGUCUGAAGGUGGAGGAACGAAGAAGUGAUUGAAUCAUCUGCUUCCAAGCAAAUGAUAAGUGAUUUGCCUUGGGUAUUGCCAAUGGCCUGUGUUGGUACAAACAUGCAGUAUUGGCCAAAUUACAUGCUGGCAAAAAGAGGCUAUGUAUGAUCCUAUGAAAUUAAACGUUUCCCUCUUGAUUAAAUGUUCCAUUUAUCACAGAGUUUUAUCACUACUUAUGUGCUGUAUGAUCACUUUUUCACGAACAAAUAAAUGUAAUUUAUUGUAGAAUUGUAACAAUAGAUGAAGUUAAGCUCUACAGGUUGUUCCAAUUAGAAUGCUGUUAUGGAAUUUUAUUUGUGGGGAAAGGUGGACAUUGUUAAUUCAGGCAGUGAAAAUUUGAUCCCUCAUUCUCUCUGGGGCGCCCUGUAUACUUGUGAAACUUGAUGUAGUACUGAUAGAAUCUUUAGUUUCAACAUUUUAUCUUUGUAUUAAAGGAGAAAUCAAGUACAUGUUAUGUGAAUAUGCAAAUGAUAAUGCAAGGUUAUGCGAAGUGGUUUUUUAGGGGCUGUGGUUGAACAUAGUAUUUGUAAUUACACUUGUGUAGCAAACCACUGUUUUAGAGUACUGCCAUGCAUGUUGGAGUUAGUUUAUUAUUCUAAGUAUGUCCCAAAAAACUGGAUUUAAGAUCGCCAAGAAUAGGCUGAAAUUGUCAUUGUCUCUCAUUUGACAAGGUAAUUUGAGAUGGCUAUGCUUGUGCAAAAUGACUGUCUGAAUACAGCUAUUAGCAUCGUACUAACUGUGAAUUACGUUAUCGCAUCGGGCCCUUAUGAUAUCAGUAGGAUGUUGGUACAUCUAAAUUCAUAAAACUGUUGUGUGAGCAGCUAUUUGUAAUAUCAGCCAAUUUGCCUCUUCCCAGAGAAGCAUUUCCAGCAGUGGAAUUGCUCAUCUUUGCUGACUUAUUAGGUUAGUAUGACAUUCUGUUGAGUAUGUCUUGCCAUGAAAAAUAUGACAUGCCGUAGUAAUCCACAAUGGCUUUGCCUGUAAGUUGGUGAAGCUCACUAUUUCACCACUAGAGGUGUUCAUCUGGAAAGAGAUAAAUCAAAUAUAUUGAGAGAAUGCAGAUUAGGUAAGACGGACAGUAGAAGAUGAUUGCCACUUCUGUCUUCAGUUAAUGUAUUAGUGCUACUUUUAUAAGAAAAUAUUAAAAGUUGUGACAAAAUUGUUGUAAAA